GUGUAAUAUCCAUGACACGGCUCCAAUGGGGAGCCGUGUCAUGGAGGGGUGUAAUGGCUCCAUUGGAGCUGCCCUCAGUUGAACGCUAACUUUGGUGAUCUCACCAGAACAGCAUAUGUGAUCUCAAGCCGUCAUACUCGUUCAAUCCCUGCGCAAACGUUGCUAUUCUGGUAGUAGUAGUACUUUCCAAUCACUCAAGUUUUUCCAUUGAAGACUCGGACCAAACGUCACAAUCCCUAAACGUUGCUAUUCUGGUACCACUUUCCAACCUCCAAUCCACAGCAAGUUUUCCCAUUAGAGACUCGCACCAAACAUUUCACAAUUCCGGAAUAGAAAAGAUGAGGAAGGAGGUGGUGGUGGCGGCAGUAACUGUAACAACUGCAGCUGCUGCUGUCGCUGCGAUGGUGUUAGUGAGGCACUGGAAGCGCCAAAACGAGCGAAGUUGGAGGCAUGCAAAGCGCAUUUUGCGAAAGUUUGCGAGGGAGAGUGCUACUCCAGUCACCAAACUUUGGCUUGUGGCUAAUGACUUGGCGGUUGACAUGCAAACCGGCCUUAUUUCUGAACAAUCCAAACUUGGCAUGUUUCCUUUCUACUCCGGUUCACUUCCCACCGGUGAUGAGAAGGGGGUAUACUAUGGAAUAAACCUUCGCGGUGAUAAUUUCUUGAUUCUAAGAGCGCAGCUUGGAGGGAAGAAUGAAAUUUUAUCUGAAUUCCAGAGGGAGGAGGUUCAAAUUCCUUCCCGUGUAAUUUCUGCCGAUUCCAAGGAAUUAUUUGAUCUAAUUGCCUUGGAGCUUUCAAAAUUUGUUUCUCUUCAUGAAGACCUUACAGGAAAGACAAAACUAGAGAAGCUUAAACUAGGAUUUACAAUAUCACCUCCGGUUGACCAAGCUGCAGCCUCCUCGUGCAGAGGCAUCGAUUGGAGGAGGUUAACAGAUGACACAGUCAGGACACAGAUGAUGACUGAAAUUAAUGAGGCUUUGCUGAAGCAUGGCGUGGAAAUGCAAGUUUCUGCUAUGCUAGGAAUUGACUCAAAUAGCUUGGCGAUUUCCCAGGUGGAUGAAGUCAUUGGCUGUUUGGCUGGGGCAAGGUACUACAGUAGAGAAAGUGUCGCUGCACUUAGUUUAGGGAUGGCCGUUAAUGCUGCUUAUAUGGAAUCAGUACAAGAAGUUCAAAAGUUGCAGGGCCAAUUAUCCAACUCUGGAGAAAUGGCUAUUAGUGUGAAUUGGGGAAAUUUUAGUUCCAUUCACCUUCCAAUGACAGAGUUUGAUGCUUCCUUAGAUUCUGAAAGCACAAAUCCUGGUAGCGGGGUAGGGAACUUGGAUAUCAGGUGUCUGAAUUCGCAUUCUAAGUCAUACGAAUCCCUUCCUGAAUCCUGUUUUGUUUUGUCUCAGAUAUUUGAAAAGCUUAUUUCAGGGAUGUAUUUAGGAGAGAUUGUUAGAAAAGUCCUACUGAAGAUGGCGCAAGAAGCAGCUUUAUUUGGAGAUAACCUCCCAAUCAAGCUCACCAUCCCAUACUUGUUGAGGUCACAUGAUGUGGCUAUUAUGCACCAGGACACAUCAGAGGAUUAUGAAAUGGUUGAUGAAAAACUGAAGGAAAUAUUCGAGAUAUCCAACACUACACCAGUGGUGAGAGAAAUCGUUGCAGAGGUCUGUGACAUAGUUGCAGAGCGCGGAGCUCGUCUUGUGGGAGCUGGAAUAAUGGGGAUUGUCAAAAAACUCGGAAGAAUUGCUAACAAGAAGAGUGUAAUUACGGUUGAAGGUGGACUGUAUGAGCAUUAUCGCAUCUUUAGAAACUAUCUGCAUAGCAGUGUUUGGGAGAUGCUGGGGAGUGACCUUUCUGACAAUGUGAUUAUAGAGCAUUCUCACGGAGGUUCAGGAGCUGGGGCUCUCUUUAUUGCUGCUUCACAGACGCGAGAUGCAGAUUCCUAGGCACACCAUUUUGAACCCUGUUCCUGUUGCCCCUAUAUUAUUGUAAUCUGAUAUCGAGAUUGUGGAAUUUUGUUCAUUCAUUUGUUAAGACUGUUUAUUUUUUGUCUU